CCGAGAAGUCGAAUGCCCCGCCAAGGCUCCUUCUGCACUCUGCCUCGCCUUCGUGUCGCCGCCGAUCGCUCCUCUUCACCCACAUUUCGUAAAAACCUCCGAAAAGAAACCCUUUGCAAUGGCUGAGGCAGAAGCAACCACAGAGCUUACCACCACAGGGGCCGAGGCUGCGGUACCACAGAGCAAGAAGCGCAGGGCCUCGGAGAAUGGGAUUGCUGUGCCUGAACUCAAGAACGGGCUGUCGGAGAAAACCAAAAUCAUAGAUGAGAGCUAUUUUGCGUCGUAUUCUGAUAUAGAGUUGCACCGAACCAUGAUAGAGGACACAGUGCGCACCAAUGCCUACCAGCAGGCCAUUUUCCAAAAUAUGGAGGAGAAUAUUCGAGGCAAAGUUGUUGUAGACGUUGGAUGCGGCACUGGGAUCUUAAGCAUGUUCUGUGCCCAGGCUGGCGCCAAAAAAGUCUAUGCCAUAGAUGCUUCAAAGAUUGCAGUGCAUGCAAAACAGUUGAUAGAAGCCAAUGGCUUUAAGGACGUGAUUACCGUUCUCCAGGGUAAAGCAGAGGAAGUUGAACUGCCUGAGAAAGUGGAUGUCAUUGUGAGUGAAUGGAUGGGAUACAUGAUGCUGUAUGAGACCAUGUUGCCAUCUGUCCUCUAUGUCAGAGACAAGUGGUUAAAGCCUGGUGGCAAAAUGUACCCGGAGCGUGCCGUGCUGUACAUGGCCUUGGGGGAAGCUCAGUGGAUCACGACAUAUGAGGAAGGAACCUAUGACUUCUGGGUAUCCCUCAAUCAUGUGUACAACUUGGACAUGUCGCUCUUGGCGGAUCAUGCAGUUGCAAGAUACAAAGACGUUGUUCAUGUUCAUAUGGUGGCUCAAGAAGAUGUGCUUAGUUUCCCAACUCCUGUCUGUGACUUGGACCUAAACACUGUCAAGGCAGAAGAUCUCCGAAACAUUUCACACUCUUUCAACCUGGCUAGCAUUGGCUCCGGGCGGCUGAACAGUAUGGUGAUGUGGUUUGACGUUUGGUUCCCUGGCGGAAUGAAACUCUCGACCUCGCCCGACAAUGAAGACACGCACUGGCAGAACACUGUGCUGCCGCUGGCCACAGUCCCGCUUGAGCAAGACAACCAGGUCAAGGGGGAACUCCACAUCACACAGGACCUUACCAACCACCGCUUCCUUAACGUGGAUCUCAAGUACUCGGUGAACAGCGGCGAAGAGAUAACAAGAUGUUUCAAGAUGGAUGAUAACUGCAAUGAUAAUGACUUCUGAGUUGGGUUCCUCUUCCUCUCCAUCUCUAGUCUAUCAGGCAAAAGGAAACCAAGUUGGAGUGGGGAUUGGUCCCAGGUGGAGUUUCAGUGAAAAGCAGUCCAUAACAGACUAGCAGCCAACUAAUGAUUUAUUUUUAGAUCUCUCUUCCAAAGACUGCCUCACUACUUAAAAGUUCUGUGAUCCUUGCCUUUGUUGAUAAAAGCAAGCUUACUUCUGUGGAGGUCUUUCACUUUGGGUACAAGAAUUUUCCCGCGGGGAAGAUUUGAAUCUCGGUAGAGGACCACGUUUUUUCAAGUGAAUGUGAUUCUCAGCACAAUGGCAAGUUUUCAGUACAAAACAGAGUAGUAUAAUUAAUGAUGCCUUAGCCUUGCCUAAUAACACUUGUGUGUGUGUAGUGUUAUUUUCAAUACAAACCAGAUAUUCUGCAUUGCCAUUCAUGCCGUCCAUGUGAAUGUUAGCAUGUUCAGUAGUUAAUACUCUAGUUAAUUACUAGUGAUUAUUUCAGGGAAUGUGCAUGCAUGUGAGACUCUGAUGAGGAUAGAAUUUCAAAGUGUUUGAACUUAAGCUUGAUAUACUAUAAGUAAUUUAUUUCAGGUGAUAAUAUAUCAGUGGAAGUCCUUGUUUUCCAUCUCUUUAGCUUUUACACGCAAGAUGCCCAAAGGUGUCUGACUGGGUGUUGAUAGACCAGUGGAAGGUAUGUAGCAGCUUUUAUUUUAAAUUCUGUGACAAGACUGGAUGUUUUGCUACUUUUAAUUCUAGACAAGUGUAUAGUAAUAUAAGAAAGAUUUUUAGUCUUUUUUUUUUACAAGUACUUUUAUUUAUAGGUAUCAGAGAAAAGUUUUACACAACUCUGCCAGUGAAGUAACAAAUUUCUGAUUUCCAAGUCAUGGUCUGUAUAAGUAUUAGCAGUAUUUUGUCAUGCUGAAAACAGCAUUGCAUUUUGCCAUGUACACUCAGGCUGAUAAGAAUAUUGAUAAUGCCAUUGUUCUUCUUAAGUUUCCACAAGGUUAAAAGGGCAAGAAAAAUAUGAUUUUUUACUUGCCAAAUAUUUUAAUGAUGAAGUAUCAGGAUAUGUACGUGGAUGUAUUUAUAUAUGUAUACAUAUUACUUGUAUCAAUUUCUAAAAAGUGUAUUUCAUUGGUUAGAGAAGAUUUUACAGCAUAAUGCAGCAUAUCUUGCAUUUAAAAUAGUUUUUAGUUUACAUUCCUCAAGAUGAACUAUAGCUACUUGGUGCAUAAAGUAUGUAUAUAGGCGAUAAUCUUACCAGAUCUUCUUUUUGUAGCUUUGUUCAGUAAGACCACCCCAUUGCCUGCUAUCCUAUGGACAGUCCAAAAACAAGACCCCCGUAGUACGAAAUUUUGUGGUUCUUUCUCCGUUAAUGAUGGGAUAUACUGCAUUAUUGUGGUUUGCUGAGAUCCUCUGAAAUCCAUUUUUUAAAAAUUUGUUGAUAAUUACCAUAUCAUGAAUUACAUAGGGUAAUUGAUAUUAGUGUUGCACAGAUUAUCAUUUUCAUAUCAAAAUGCAGUUUCCUCUGUUUGUGAUUUUAAAAGUAAUAUUUGUGCCAAGUAUUUUCCUUCUUUCCAUGCUCUUCUUAUUCCUUUGGCUUUCUCUUUUCCACUUCUUGCCUUCUUGUUCUCUCCGUCUUCUGGUAUUCUUUCCUUAGCAUUCGUUUUUCUCCCUAUGCCAAUAAGAAUUAAUUACAGAGGUGUUUCAAGAAUGUGGUAUGUAGGUGUACCCAACAUUUUGAUUUUGAUUAGUGUUGUAUGCAUGAAUGAUAUUAAUUUGAAAACAUAUAUUGCAUUUACACAUUAUAGAAAGUAGUGCUGUUAAUGGCGCUUGUUUUGAAAAUCAAAUGUGAACCAUUUAAUAUUUACAUGAAUGAAAUGCAAGCAUUAACAAAUAUGCAGAUAACAGCUAAUGUAUAAUACAUGGGACAUUAACACAUACAUGUGCUACAACACUCUUUGACACACCAUUGUGUACACACACAAACACAUACAUACAUGCAUAUGCUAGUCGCAAGUAGCAUAUUCAGGGAAAACAAGUAUUUUUCUUUUCUUGUAUAUAUAAACUUAAAUAUAGCUGAGCUUUCUUCAAAUAUAUCAUGACAUGUUUGUCUCAUAGUCUGCUGUUAUUAUGCAGCUCACUAUCUUUCAUGUAAAGAAGACAUAGUCAACUCUAGACAAGGGCAUUAGGAGAGAUUGGAGUGAGGAGAUAAAGAGCAGAAUUUUUUUAUAUUCACACAGCACAUGCCCCUGUACAUGGUUUGUGAGAUAACCUACAAAUUAUUCACAAAGCAUUUCUUUAGUCUCUCUGCAUUUAUGUUAGUAAAUUUCAGAGCAAGUUUGUCCAGCUUAUGCUUUGAUUUGGCAAUAUGCAUAACACUUUGCCAGCAUUUUUUUUUUUUUAUAUACUUGUAAGUAAAGAUUGAACUCUCUUUUUUAGGUUUGUCUUAUAUCAGCCUUUGCUAAGAAUCUGCCUGCCAAAAUAUUGUGAUGGGUUGGCAGCUAACUCAUGCAAAUUAUGCUUUACAGAAGAAUCUGGAGAUUUUAGAAAGAGUUUGUGAAUGGACUGUAACAUUCAACAUUAUAACAGUUUAAAAAGAGGCAUCUAAAAGUAAUUGCUAUUUAACAAAGGGAGUAAAAAAAAUGGGUUUGAUUUUCAUUCCAUCUCUUCAUAUUUAUUAUAAACUAUGCCUUAACAAAGUCACACAUACAUGGAACACAAAAGUAUGUAAUUAUUGUUUUUGUUGAACCUCAUGAUUUUGCAUUAAAAAUGGCUUUUAGGAAAAAAAAAAAAAAAAAAAAAAGCAGCUUUUAUUGGUAGUAACUAAGUAUAUUAAAAGCAACCAGAUAACCCAGCCGGCGUGUAAUGUGGUUCAAAUAACAAUUGUUACGUAGUUGGUGCGUCUUUCCAAUGCCAGAUCCACUCCGCUCAUUAUUACUGUGGCUUUGUAUAUUGAGGUUUAUUUCAGAAGGUGUUUUUUCGUUUCCCACACAUGGUGCCAUCAUCUUCAUUGAAGUGGCAUGCUCUCUGAGCCGUCACUUAUUGUCGAUAUAUAGAUAAAUUCUUCCGAGAAAAAAAUAACCCUUUUCCAGGUAAUUUUUAGACUUUAUUUCCAUCAAAGAUAGUAUAUGUGAUCCAGAAUUACUUUCAUUUGAGAAUUAUAUGGCUUGUAUAUACAAUAUUAUUUUUUUGAAAAUUCUCUCUCCCAUGUAUCAGUAUUUUUAGUAAGGAAAAGGGAAAUCAGAAUGGAUAUUGUAUAUUAUAUUCACUACUUUUUGUGUAAUAGGUGUGGCACUAUACCACAAUGUAUUAUUGGUCUUCCUGCUAUGUUUUGUACAUCAUUGUGUAUGGAAUUUCAUAUAAUAAAAUGAAAAAUUCAAAAGUUCA